ACAUCAGUCGCAUCGCACAUUGAUGGGUGAAAAGUUCGGUAUAGAUUUGUAGUAGUUGUUUCGUUUAGUUACUCCUUACGAGUUCGAAAUAUCUGGAAAGUUCCUUAUAGCUUUUCCGAAGUGUGAAAGAGCAUACGAAUGAGUUUUAUGCUCGAGCAAAUAAAUAGCUUCAAGGUGUUUUAUUGAAAGGUUUCUACAAGAUUGGAACACAAAUCAUGGCAGCGCUACUUCCCUGUUACAACCGUGGAUGCGGUCAAAAGUUCGAUCCCAACGAUAAUCUGGAAGAAAAUUGCAUCCACCAUCCGGGAGUACCGUUUUUUCAUGACGCAUACAAAGGCUGGACAUGUUGCAAUCGGAAAAGUGUAGAUUUCACUGAAUUCCUAAACAUAAAAGGUUGCACUGCGGGCAAACAUUCGAAUGUCAAACCGCCAGAACCGGAGAAACCCGAGAAAGAUGAAACUAUUCUCGAAGAAAUGCCCCAGGAGAAGAUUCCGGAACCGAUUAAAAAAUCCGCUCUCACUCGACCACCGUGGAAUACCGCUCUGACCACACUGGAACCCACAGUAGCGCCUGCUUUCCGCAAGCAAAUUGACGAGUUACCGGUGACGUUGGUGGCCACGAAGAAAUCAGAUGCAAAUUCAUUGGAUAUUCAACCGGGAACUAUUUGUAAGAAUGGGGGUUGCAACUAUGGCUACGAAAAUGAUAAAAGCAGCGAGAAGCCAUGUGUUUAUCAUCCGGGAGUUCCUAUUUUCCAUGAGGGUCUUAAGUUUUGGUCGUGCUGUCAACGAAGGACAUCGGAUUUCACGGCAUUCAUGAACCAGCCCGGUUGUGAAACUGGCCGUCACAAGUGGACAAGCGACGAAGACCAAUCGAAAGCCAUCAGCUGUCGGUUGGACUGGCAUCAGACGGCCACGCAGGUCGUCGUGACGGUUUACGCUAAAAUGUAUCAUUACCAGAAGAGUACGAUAUGCUUGAAUCCAAUUCGAUUGAAGGUUUGCUUAGUGUUUCCGCAGCAAAACAACAUGGAACAUAAUCUGGACAUGGAACUAAGAGGGAUAGUGGAUGUCAGUAAAUCCAAAGUCAGUAUGUUUGGCACAAAGGUAGAAAUAACACUGGUCAAAGCAGAGCCUGGUCAGUGGCCAAAGUUGGAUUUUCCACGAAAGAACCCACCUAGUGAUGAUCAGAUUAAAAAGCAAAUGGAAGAAGAGAAAAGAAAGGCUGCGGAACAAUCAAUCGAGGAUUCCGAUUCUGAUGUCGAUCUAGAUGAUAUAAGCCCAGCGUUCAGUUCCGCGACGAUAAAAGAAAUCAAGUAGAAUAAAACUUUGCGCAAACGAACCAAGUCUCCAAGAACAUAGAAUUCACCCUCUGAUUCAAUCAGCUUAUUCACGGGCCAUUGAAGUAAAACGAAAACAAAUUGAUGUUCAAUUAGUUAAAUAAGCUUUCGUAUAUUGCUAGAUCCUAAACAAGUAAAUAUGUAAAAAACAGCAA